AUGAAGCGAUACUUUGGACUCCGGGGUACAUCCCUAAAUAUCAUGAUCAGUAUUAUUGCUGGUCUGGAUUUCUUGCUUUUUGGAUAUGACCAGGGUGUUAUGGGAGGUCUCUUGACUUUGAAUUCAUUUGUCACCACUUUCCCUGAGGUCGAUACCACAAAGGCGGGUGAGAUGGGCCUCAGCCAGUCUCAAAAAAGCAAUCGUUCCUCUACACAGGGUAUCACAAUUGCCUCCUACAACUUAGGUUGUUUUUUCGGUGCCGUCUUCUGUAUUUGGAUUGGUAACUAUCUGGGUCGUCGCAAGACCAUCUUCACUGGCUCAAUUAUCAUGGUGAUUGGUGCAACUCUGCAGUCAUGUGCAUACAGCCUUCCACAUCUGAUUGCUGGCCGCGUGCUCACUGGUAUUGGAAAUGGCAUGAACACUUCGACCGUCCCUACUUGGCAAGCUGAGUGUUCCAAGUCCCACCACCGUGGCCCCCUGGUUAUGCUGGAAGGCUCCUUAAUUGCGGGUGGUAUCACUAUCAGUUACUGGAUUGACCUUGGAUUCUCCUUCCUGGAUCCCAGCUCAGUGGCAUGGCGAUUCCCAAUUGCCUUCCAGAACUUCUUCACGCUCGUCAUUCUCGCCUGUGUGCUUCCACUGCCGGAGUCACCCCGUUGGCUGAUUAUGAAAGGUCGUGAGGAGGAGGCAAUGGAAGUGUUAUCGGCAAUCUUGGAUCUUCCAGAGGGCGACGAAUACAUCCACUCCGAGUUCGCUGCAAUCAAAGAUGCCGUUCUGGACGCCGAUACCGUUAGCUUCCGGGAUCUGUGCACCAUGGAUGAGAACCGUCAUUUGCACCGCGUCGUUCUUGCGUACAUCAACCAGAUGUUCCAGCAAAUUUCUGGCAUUAACUUGAUCACCUACUAUGCUGCCACUAUCUACGAGAACUCGAUUGGCAUGGAUGGUCUCACAUCACGAAUUAUGGCUGCCUGCAAUGGUACCGAGUACUUCCUCGCCUCUCUCAUCCCUAUUUUCAUUAUCGAGAAGGUUGGUCGUCGCAGCCUGAUGUUGGUCGGCGCUGCUGGCAUGUCCCUCUCUAUGGCUGUACUAGCUAUUUGCACUAGCUUUGAGGGAGAGACUAAGCCCGGUAUUGCCGCCGCGGUGUUCUUGUUUGUCUUCAACACCUUCUUCGCUUGGGGUUGGUUGGGUAUGACCUGGCUCUACCCGGCCGAGAUUGUCCCCCUGCGUAUCCGUGCUCCUGCAAAUGCCCUCUCUACAUCCGCAAACUGGAUCUUUAACUUCUUGGUUGUCAUGAUUACCCCCGUCGCUUUCGAGAACAUCGGAUACCAAACCUACAUCAUCUUUGCGGUCAUCAACGCUUUCAUCUUUCCCGUCGUCUACUUCUUCUACCCAGAGACCGCCUACCGAUCCUUGGAGGAGAUGGACACUAUCUUCCAGAAUUCUACCAGUGUCUUCAACGUCGUCUCUGUCGCUCGCAACCAGCCCCACCGCUACGGCAAGAACGGCGAGCUGCUCAUCAACUACCAAGACACCGAAGAGCACCUCCGCCGCGCCAGUCAUGUCUCCGAGAAGCAUGGAAAGACCUUUGCUUCAAGUGGUCAGCUGGAGAGUGGUAAGGGUGCUCAUAUCGAGAACAAUCAGGACAGCAUCUCCACUAGCAGCUAA